UGCAGUGUGCUCCGUUUCAGGGGAAGCUGACAGCAAGAGAGCGGAUUCUUCUGCUGCUGGACCCCGACAGCUUUGAUGAAUAUGACAUGUUUGUGGAACACAGAUGUUCUGACUUUGGGAUGGACUCCAGUAAGAAUAAGUACCCUGGAGACAGUGUGGUGACUGGCCGUGGACGGAUUAAUGGGAGACUGGCUUAUGUUUUCAGUCAGGAUUUUACUGUAUUUGGAGGCAGUUUGUCUGGAGCUCACGCCCAGAAGAUCUGCAAGGUCAUGGAUCAGGCUGCCAUGGUUGGAGCACCUGUCAUUGGGCUCAAUGACUCGGGAGGAGCCCGCAUUCAGGAAGGGGUGGAGUCGCUGGCUGGCUAUGCAGACAUCUUCUUGAGAAAUGUUCUGUGUUCUGGGCUGGUGCCUCAGAUCUCACUCAUCAUGGGGCCCUGUGCUGGUGGAGCUGUGUAUUCUCCUGCUUUAACUGACUUCACAUUCAUGGUGAAGGAUACGUCCUAUCUGUUCAUCACUGGCCCAGAUGUAGUUAAGUCUGUUACCAAUGAAGAUGUCACACAGGAGCAGCUCGGGGGAGCGAAGACGCACACGGCUGUGUCUGGAGUGGCACACAGGGCCUUUGAGAACGACAUAGAUGCCUUACUUAACCUCCGAGAGUUCUUUAAUUAUUUACCUCUUAGCAACCGUGACCCGGCUCCAGUCUGUGAGUGCCACGAUCCCAGUGACCGUUUGGUUCCUGAGCUGGACACAAUUGUCCCUAUGGAAUCCACCAAAGCCUACGAUAUGCUGGAUAUCAUACGCUCCAUUGUUGACGAAAGGGAAUUCUUUGAGAUCAUGCCAUCCUACGCCAGAAACAUCGUUGUGGGCUUUGCCAGGAUGAACGGGAGGACAGUCGGCAUCGUGGGCAACCAACCCAAAGUAGCAUCAGGGUGCUUAGAUAUAAAUUCUUCUGUCAAGGGAGCCCGCUUUGUUCGCUUCUGUGAUGCAUUCAACAUCCCUCUCAUUACUUUUGUGGACGUUCCUGGGUUUUUGCCAGGUACAGCUCAGGAGUACGGAGGGAUCAUACGUCAUGGUGCAAAACUACUGUUUGCUUUUGCAGAAGCAACUGUGCCUAAAAUUACUGUAAUCACCAGAAAAGCUUAUGGCGGCGCCUAUGAUGUGAUGAGCUCAAAGCACUUAAGAGGAGAUGCAAACUAUGCCUGGCCAACUGCAGAGGUGGCAGUGAUGGGGGCAAAGGGUGCUGUGCAGAUCAUUUUCAGAGGAAAAGAGACAGAUGCAGAGGCAGAAUAUGUGGAUAAAUUUGCAAACCCCUUUCCGGCAGCUAUGAGAGGGUUUGUUGAUGAUAUCAUCCAGCCUUCAACCACCCGCAUGCGCAUCUGCCAUGACCUCGACGUGCUGGCAAGUAAAAGCCAGACCAACCCCUGGAAGAAACAUGCUAACAUCCCACUGUGAGUGUGGGGAGGAACCCAGCCCUGGCAGUGCCUGAAUGCAAGUCCUUUCUGUCACGUGGCAGUCUACUCUGCCAUAGAAGUAUUUCAUUUUGAUUUUGCUAGUGCUUGUCAAUAAAUCAUAGUACAUACCUCAUUCAA